UUGAUUUUGGAACAAAUGAAUCAAAUAAAUGAAAAUAUAAAGAAAAAUAAAUUUUCUAUAAUACUUGGUGAUCAAAUAUAUGAAAUAUGUACAGAAUUAAGAAUUAAAGGGAAAGAAUUAGAAAAAACAAAUAAAGAUGAUUUAGAUAAAUUUUUUUCUUCAAUUCGUCUAGCUUCUUGUCGUGAAGAUGGAGAACUUGGAUUACCUUGUAGAAUUAAAAUUCUUGAAUUAUUAGAAAUUCGUUUAAUGGGUUGGAGAAAUAAUUUAUCACAUGCCCGUUAUUAUGCAAGAAAAGAACGAGAAUUGGAAGAAUUAAAAAAUGAAGAUUUAUUUAGUACAUUUCAAUCAAAAACUAAUUCCUGUACAUCAUCAACUAAUUCAAUAUCACCCUUCAUAAAUAAUAAUAAUGAGAUUAAUAAUUUAUAUUCAAAACAAAAUUUUGUGUCAAAUAAAAAUUCCCCCCAAUCACCACCAUCACAACAACAAAGGCCACUUUCAAUAGAUAAUUCUGCUUCUGAUUUUCAAUCAACAAUUCCAUUAUUUCCAACUCAAUUCAAUAUUCCACCUCCCUCACUUCCGCCACCAAAUUGUUUGAUUGAUCCAACAGUCGACAAUAAUACAGGAAUGGCUAGACCAGCAAGCUUUUACUUCAUUCCAUCUCAAACCGGCACAUUCGUUCCUGUCCCUCCAGCUAUUACUGGCUUUAAUUUAACGAAGAAUUUAGGAAUGUUUUCUUCGCCUCCACCACCAUUUAAAUUUAUUCCUCCAAACUUUUAUAAAGAAAAUAAUUCAUUAAACAAUACAAAUAGGAAUAUCAAUGUAGCAGAAUAUGGAGUGUCUGAAUUUGAAUUAUUACAACCAAAAACUAAAACAACUCCAAAUCUUUUCCGAGAAGAGAUUCAAAUUCGGAAUUCUGAUUCUGGAAAAGGUUAA